UCUCUGUGGUAAGGGUCCCCAAGUGGGGCCGAGCAAGGGUCAGUCAAGAGUAUUGGUCCUGCACCCACAAAUACAUCAAGCUUUUCCCUCCUCCGUCAACCUCUUAAAUCCCAAUGAGGUCACUGCAAUGAGAGAGAAUCAGAUCCAGAGAGGGGGAGAGAAAGAGGACGACGACGAGGGAGAAGAAAUCCAGACAGGAAAAGGCCAUCAGACAAGGUCGCUUUUUCUGGCGACACAGCAACUGUGAGGAGCGUGGUGCUGAAUAUCAUCCGCCCGCUCAGCCUGGGGACCGAGGGACUCGUAGAAGCACUUCGUGUUACCACGAAAGCAAAGGAAAGGAGACCCAGCGAGAGGACGAGAGAUGCUCUGAGCAGUCCCGCUUAGGAUCUGGGGAAGCAAAGCUCAUGUACUUGAGGGGAAAGAAAAGGGAGCCUGAAAGGGUCUCGGAAGCAGAGGAGAGAACGGGAUUUCCCUGCGGAGACUUGGGACGCGGCAGAACUCUGGACAGCGCCUCGACUCCAGAGCAGGGCUCCCAGCUCCCUGGCUCCCCCAGGCUUCUGGCUCCUUAUUGAAAGCCCUUUCUGCCAGUGUGCUCUCCUCUCCUGGACUCCGACCACCGACCGGGAAAAAUCCUUCUAUGAUCCCUGUCUGAACGUGCCAGGGGUGGAGCAACUCUGCUUCUGACCCGGUCAGGGAAGAGGGUCUCCGGUUCAGGAAAUCCAGUCCUUGUGGAUAAUGCUUCUCUGGUGAAGAAAAAAAAGUUUGGGGGUCUGGUAGCGGGCAGAGGGGAUAAGGAGGAGAGUGGAAGGAAGAAGGUGGAUGGUCGGCUUCCCUCUCUGACCUGGAAGGAAUGAUGACCGAAGAAGGAUGUGCACCAGCGGCCAGAUUAUUGGGAGCCUCCUGGUGCUCUCCGUGCUGGAGAUAGGGCUGGGGGCGUCCAGCGUGGCAGUGGGGGCGGUCAGCUUCAGCCUGGCCCUCCGAGAGCACAAGCCGCAGCUUGGAGACUCGUCCCCGUUUCUUCUUUGUGGCAUAUGCGGAAUAUUGUGCGCCAAAAAAAAAUCUGGACUUGUCAUGAUCCUCUUUUCCGCCUGCUGCAUCUGCGGGCUCAUUGGGGGCAUCCUGAAUUUUCAGUUCCUCCGGGCAGUGACGAAGAAGACCUCUUCCCUCUACCCGCUGCAUCUCGCCUCCAUGUCUCUCGCGUGCAUUGGGAUCGGAGGUUGCACCCUCUCUUCGUGGCUCACGUGUCGACUAGCCAGCUAUGAACAGAGGAGGAUGUUCUCAGAAAGGGAGCAUUCUCUGCAUCACUCUCAUGAAAUGGCUGAGAAAGAAAUGACAGACAACAUGAGCAAUGGAGGACCACAGCUGAUAUUUAAUGGAAGAGUAUAAUCAAUAUUUUAAAGAAUUGAACAUUUUUCAUGAGGCAAAGAAAUACCAAAGGACUAGGAGAUAAGUUAAAAUAGCUCUUGCAUUUGCUGGUAUCUCUCCUAAGUACUUGCUGAAAUUCUUCUUCUUCAAUUUUGCCUCACUUUAUUUCUUCAGCUUUUUUUGUUUUUCUUACUGGUGAAAAACUUUCCAGAAAUAUUCUAAUACAGUAAUUUCAAUCAACUUUCCCAACCAUUCUAUAAAAGACUUUCCAGGAAAAAAAAAAUAGAUAAAAUAGAAAGAUUCAUAUUCUACACAAACACUAUUUGACUAGCAUGAAUGUUAGACUUGUAAUGACAUAUUUCAUAUAAGUAAUUAAAAAGUGCAGAUAUCAAGAAAUAACAAUAACUUACCAAUGUCUUUGUUCUGAAAGACGAUGGCUUCAAAGAAUGCCACAAUUUAAAACCUCAGCAAUGCCUUGUUGUAAAAACAUUGUAAUUAUU